CCUCAGAGGGCCGCGUCUGUCUUUUCGGCUUGCUUUUCCACGCUGCCUCGAAAAAGGCGGUUGGCUUAAAAGGGAAGGGAGGUUUGAGGAAGUUUUUUUCCUCGCUUUUCUUCCUACUGUGUUUUUGCGAGAAGUUUUGCAUUAUCUCUCUUCCCUUCCUUCUUCCAGGAACGGCGACCAAUUCAGGCGUUGGCCUUGCAGAGCAAAGCCCUGACAAAGGAACACCAGCUGUUUCGAUAUAAGAAGAAGCGCCCCGGGCACUUUCUGUUCCGUUUUGGCAAAGCCGUUGCCCGACCAGGGAAGGAAAAUAUUUAAGUUUAUAGAACGGGUUAAACACGACCCCCCCCCCCGGCUAAAAGCAAAGGCGAAUUGAGGCGACUUCUCAAGUAGCUUAAGCUUCUUCAGCCAAGCAUAUUGCAUCUAUUUUCCCCUCAAGAGACGUUUAGGCUGAGUGGUCUGUAAUAUCCAGGCCCCAGAGGCCUCUUUCCUAAAACUUUGCCUAUGGGUAGUUGCCGUUCUCCUUAGAACUGUAGGGAUAGGAAGAAUGAGCAGCCUAUCAUGUUUCAGGAAAGCGAGCAUGGGAAAUGGACAGUGUCAAGUAGUGAUGAGAGUGCAGAUGAGCAAGCUGGUCUUGAGAAGCCCUCCACCUCUUUGUCUCAGCCAUCUGGGCAAAAUGAAGAUAGGGGCCCCCAUUACCCUUGUUCAGAAGCCAGGAAAGCUGCUCACAAGAGAAAAUCUUCCCCUUUGAAAUAUAACGAUGGAAGCUUUCCACCAAAGAUGGCCCCAGCCCCCAAACAGAAGCCUUCUCAAGAAGGUUUAGGUUGGUGCCUUUCAAGUAGUGAUGAUGAGGACGAUUUCAAAGGCCAAGGAGGGAAAAUAGAGGCAGAAGCCAAUGUUGGCCAGAAGGAGUGCUGGGCUCCUAAAGAGCCAGCAACAACUCAUAAGCUUCCACUGAACCACAAGUCUGCAGAGCCGUCUGAAAAAAUGCAGGAUACUUGGGAUCUGUUGAAUGGAGAGAACUCUUUCAGAUUCUUCCUCACUAAAGUCAAUGGAAUUAAGUCAAAGUACAAUACUGGAGCCCUCCACAUAAAAGAUAUUUUGUCUCCUCUUUUUGGAUCUCUUGUAUCUUCUGCUCAGUUUAACUAUUGUAUAGAUGUGAAGUGGCUUGUCAAACAGUAUCCAAAAGAAUUCAGGGAGAAACCUUUAUUAAUAGUCCAUGGAGAGAAACGAGAAUCCAAGGCUGAGCUACAUGAACAAGCACACCCUUAUAAAAAUGUUCGCUUGUGCCAGGCGAAGUUGGAUAUUGCAUUUGGAACUCACCACACGAAAAUGAUGUUGUUGCAUUAUGAGGAAGGCUUUCGAGUAGUGAUACAUACAUCCAAUCUUAUUGAUGAUGACUGGUAUCAGAAAACACAAGGAAUAUGGCUAAGUUCCCUCUAUCCAAGAUUACCACCUGGAUCUGCUGAGUCUGAUGGAGAAUCUCAUACCAAUUUUAAGUCUGACCUAAUAAGCUAUUUGAAGUCUUACAAUUCUCCUACUCUCAAUGAGUGGGUUGAAAUAAUCAAGCAACAUGAUUUUUCAGAGACAAGAGUAUAUCUUCUUGGAUCAACGCCAGGUCGAUACCAAAACAAUGAAAAAGAGAAAUGGGGUCAUCUUAGACUUAGAAAGCUUUUGAAAGAGCAUGCAACGCAAGUAACCGAUCAACAUUCUUGGCCUGUAAUAGGACAAUUCUCAAGUAUUGGAUCAAUGGGAGCUGAUCAGUCCAAAUGGCUUUGCUCAGAAUUUAGAGACAGUUUGGCCUCUCUAGGAAACAGUGUGAAGACUCUAACAAAUCAUGAGGUUCCCAUUCAUCUGGUUUACCCAACUGUGGACAAUGUAAGACAAAGUUUAGAAGGUUAUCCAGCUGGGGGCUCUCUUCCAUACAGUAUACAAACUGCACAGAAACAGCUUUGGCUGCACUCUUACUUUCACAAAUGGUCAGCUGAAACUUCAGGACGAAGCCAUGCCAUGCCACACAUUAAGACUUACAUGAGAGCAUCUCCAGAUUUCCAGAAGAUUGCAUGGUUUCUAGUUACAAGUGCAAAUCUUUCCAAGGCUGCUUGGGGAGCUUUUGAGAAAAAUGGUACACAGCUGAUGAUCCGAUCAUAUGAGCUAGGAGUUCUUUUCCUGCCUUCGGAAUUUGGCGUAGAUACAGGCUAUUUCCAAGUGAAGGAAAACAUUUUUUCUGAUAACCCAGUGUUGUCAUUUCCUGUACCUUAUGAUUUGCCCCUUGAGAAGUAUGAAAGCAAAGAUCGCCCAUGGAUUUGGAACAUUCCCUACAUCAGAGCUCCUGAUACACAUGGAAACAUGUGGGUUCCUAAAUGAAUAAUUCAAGUUUACGUCGAAAAUUUAACAUCUUUAUUUCUAAACCCACUCAUACAUGCCUGUGAGACUUGAUGAUUUUAAUAUGAAAUUGUACAGAUGAUAAAACGUAUUUCUAUAGACUAAAGUACUCAUUUUUAGAUUGACAUAUAUGGAGAAAACAACUGCCAUGAAGCUUAAUAUUUCUAGAUCUCAUGAUAAUACAGUGCUUUUUAAAUUGUGUGUAUAAACUUGAUUACUCUGUUUUGAAAGGACCAUGUGAAUUAUGCCUUUAGCCUGAAUAUUUUCAACCAUGUUUUGCUUUUCCUGGAAGCAGGCACUAUGAUGAAGGGAAAAGUUGUAUAGAAUUGAAAUAAAACUAAUAAAAGGAUUUUAUUACAUUAGUCAUCAAAA